AUGCCGGUGGCAGCUUCACCCUCUCCUCUUGUCACACGAGACACGCGCGCUACUGCAUGCAGCGCAUGGGCUAUCAGCGAAGAAGCGAUCGAGCACGGAGGCCGGCACGGCAGCGCGGCGGCGCCCGCGUGCGUGUGCAACUGCAUGCCAGCACCAACGCACACGAAAUCUUGCCGUGCGGGCUGGCUGGCUGGCAGCGCCGGCCCGCUGCUGCUACUCAACCUCGCCCUCUACGUCUCCAUGAUGGGAUUCGCGAGCUGGGCACUCAACAGCUUCGUCGAUGACAUAGGUGACCAGGAAUACUACCCACCUGCGGGCGCAGCGCCGGCGACGCUCCACUUCAUCCAGUUCGCGCUGCUGGCGGCCGUGCUCGGCAGCGCGUCCAAGGCCGCGGCGGCGUUCCACGCGCGCGCAUCGUGGCGACCGCAGGGUCUCGCGGCCGCCGCCGCGCUGGGCACCGUUGCGUGGGCGGCCACCGCGCUCGCGCUCGACCUCGCGUGCAAGGAGAUGCGGGCCGCGUGCUGGCAGUAG